AUGCCGACUCCGCCAACCGAAGCUAGUCAUAAUCUAUCCCAAGCCGAAAUUCCUUACGAACGAAUAGAUUUUCGCCAUUUCCGUAAUCGUAGUAAUCGCACCGCUCUCUUUGCUUGUAAAAUUGCUCCGGACUUAGACCAAACCAUUCGUCGUCUUGCUCUCCAAGAAAAUCGCAUGAUUGUCGAAAUCUUUGAAGAAGCCUUGGUUAUUUAUUUAAAAAACAAAGAAUGGGAAAAAGAAGUUGGUGAAAGUGAGGAAGAACAAGUGACCAAAGAAAAUGAGUAA